CUCCACACACACGUAGAUCUCCACAACUACAUCACUUGUAUCAGAAACUAAAUUACAAUUCUUCCCACUAAACUUGUCCCCAUGGCUUCCGAUUUUGGCUUCAAGACCUUCGCAAUCCUAGCACUUGCACUUCUCCUCUGUGUCCAAUGCACUCUAGGAGAAAUAACAUGUGAGAAUCUCGACCAAGACACAUGCGCCUAUGCGAUAUCGUCGACGGGAAAGAGGUGUGUGCUGGAAAAGCAAGUGAGGAGGAGCGGAGAGGAGGCGUACACAUGCCGCACAUCAGAAAUUGAGGCAGACAGGUUAAGGAAUUGGGUUGAGACUGAUCAGUGCCUCAAAGCAUGUGGUCUUGACCGGAAAGCACUCGGAAUCUCAUCAGACUCUCUGCUUGAAUCUCGCUUCACACAAAAGCUCUGCUCCCCGCAGUGCUAUGACAGCUGCCCCAACGUUGUCGAUCUCUACUUCAACCUUGCCGCCGGUGAAGGUGUGUUCCUUCCAAAAUUGUGCGAGACACAAGAAGGAGGAAAUGUGCGCAGAGGAAUGGCCGAAAUCCGAAGCUCUGGUCACGUUGCGUCAGGACAAAUACACCAUGGAAAGCUCGUCGGUGCUCCAGGACCAAUUUACUCUGACAAGUACACGGUUGCUACGGCAGAGGCACCUUAUUAUUAAUUCUUGCCGAGGAAAGGCAAAAGAAAGAAAUAUAUAUGUGUGUCUACGACUAUCUAUAGAAUUUAUAGCAUAUAAUAAGAAAGUGGCACCGAUUUAUUAUGAAUUGGCUGGGCUGAGCCGGGCCGGGCCGGGCCGGGCUUAAGUGCUCUAUGCAUGAAGGCCAUGGGCUUGGACGGGCCUGUUGGGUCCAAUCAAUAAGGUGUUGCUCCAGAGUGAUUAUUAGGUAGAGUUUGCAUCUUUUAUGAGUUUUUAUCUUACAAAAGGUUGUGUGGCCGUGGCCUAUAUAAAUAUACUGCUUUCUGCUUAAUUUAUUCCUGAACAA